CGCGGAGCGGCGGCGGCGGCAACGUGCGUCAUCGGGGAGCGCCGCGGUUCCGUGCGGUGCGGCGCGGCGGGGCCGGUCGGGGUUGGGCUGGGCCGCCGCCGUCGUCCCCUCCCGCGCCCGGGUGUCCCGGCGGUGGCCGUGCGUGCUCCUGCAGGCCGCAGCCGCCAUGAACCAGUUCAGCCUCGGGUCGGGUGCGGCGGGAGGCGGCUUCACUUUCGGCACGCCGAAGACGGCCGCCACGACGGCCACGACCGGCUUCUCCUUCUCCACGCCUGCCGCGUCGGGGGGCUUCAGCUUCGGGAGCGCGGCCCAGCCGCCCGCCAGCAGCCAGCCCGCCGGGCUCUUCUCUUUCAGCACGCCGGGCGCUGCCGCGCAGCCCGCCAGCUUCAGCUUCGGGACGCCGGCCACGGGCACGGGCACGGCGGCGCCGGCAGCGAACGUGUUCCCGCUGGGGGCAAAUGCACCAAAACUGAACUUUGGAGGCAGCACUGCAACUCAAGCUACUGGAAUGACAGGGGGCUUUGGAUUUAGUAGCUCUGUACCGAGCAGCGUGCCCUCAAGUCAAGGAGCAGCCCCUUCUGGCUUUGUAUUUGGAUCUGCGGGCACCACCACCACCGCCACCACCACCUCCGCUCAGUCUGGGACAACUGGCGGGUUUACGUUCUCCAGUGGUACCACAACUCAGGCCGGAACAAACAGCUUCAACAUCGGCACGGCGGCUCCACAAGCAGCGUCCACAGGGUUGACCUUUGGAACGGCACCCGCGGCUGCUGCCACCACUGCUGCCAGCUUAGGAGCUGCCACCCAGUCAGCAGCCCCCUUCAGCCUAGGGGGGCAGUCCACAGGUCUAAACUUUGGGUCAUUGCCUUCAACGGCAGCCACUAGUGCACCCACGGCAACGCUGACUACUAGUACCAGCCAGGGACCUGCUCUGUCCUUUGGAACCAAACUGGGAGUACCAUCCACAGCUGCUACAACAGCCUCCACCACCACAACCUCCGUUCUUGGUUCAGGGGGGCCUACGUUGUUUGCGUCUGUAGCGAGUUCUUCAGCAUCGACGUCUUCUACCACCACGGGCCUCUCACUUGGUGCCCCUUCCACGGGGACGUCCAGUCUUGGAACGCUUGGAUUUGGCUUAAAAGUUCCUGGAACAACAGCUGCUGCAACAAGCACUGCCACCAGCACUACUACUGCUUCUGGCUUUGCUUUGAAUCUGAAGCCGUUAACUUCCGCUGGCGCCAUUGGAGCUGGGACUUCUACAGCGGCCAUAACCACAACAACCACCAGCGCGCCUCCAGUGAUGACCUAUGCCCAGCUGGAGAGUUUGAUAAACAAGUGGAGCCUGGAACUGGAAGACCAAGAGAAACAUUUUCUCCAUCAAGCCACGCAAGUUAAUGCCUGGGAUCGGAUGCUGAUAGAGAACGGUGAGAAGAUUACUUCAUUACACAGAGAAGUAGAGAAAGUGAAGCUUGAUCAGAAGAGACUGGAUCAGGAGCUAGACUUCAUUCUGUCCCAGCAGAAAGAGCUUGAAGACUUGUUGACCCCCCUGGAGGAGUCUGUGAAGGAACAGAGUGGGACUAUCUACUUGCAGCAUGCGGAUGAAGAACGGGAGAGGACCUAUAAACUGGCUGAAAACAUAGAUGCUCAGUUGAAGCGUAUGGCCCAAGAUCUGAAGGACAUCAUUGAACACUUGAAUACAUCUGGAGGCCCAGCAGAUACGAGUGACCCGCUUCAGCAGAUCUGUAAGAUUUUGAAUGCACACAUGGAUUCAUUGCAGUGGAUUGACCAGAACUCAGCCGUGCUGCAGAGAAAGGUAGAAGAGGUGACAAAGGUUUGCGAGAGCCGCCGCAAGGAGCAAGAGCGCAGUUUUCGGAUCACAUUUGAUUGAAAGACGCAAAGCUUGAAGGGUUAACCUAAAGCGUCCACAGAAAACAGAGGUGGCUGGGGACCUCGGUCUCCCAGUUGCGAUCUGGGUUUGUUUCUUUUCUUUCAAUAAAAUUUGUUGUUUGUUCCAAA